AUGCUGUCAGCUUCACUCGGAUCUGACCGAUAUUUAAUAGUGAACUGUAAUGGAGGAUUGAAUCAAAUUCGCACUGCGAUAUCGGACAUGGUGGCUGUGGCAUACAUAAUGACUGCAGUCUUAGUUAUUCCAAAGAUGGAUACACAAUCCUUCUAUCAUGACUCGAGUACAUUUUCUGAUAUAUUUGAUGAGCUUCAUUUCAUCACAACUUUACAACAAGAUGUUAGGAUUGUUAAGGAGCUUCCAAAGGAACUGGAACAUGUUCCUCGGGCUCAAAAGCACUUUACUUCCUGGUCUAAUGUGGGUUACUACAAAGAAAUGGCUCAGCUGUGGAAUGAGUAUCAGGUUAUCAAUGUUGUUGAAUCAGAUUCUAUACUCGCAAACAACGAUCUUCCUCUUGAUGUACAGAGGUUGAGAUGCCGUGCUAUGUACCAUGCUCUUCGCUUCCCUCCCUCCAUCGAGAGCUUAGGAAAGGAGCUGGUAGAUCGUCUGAGAACACAGAGUGGAAAAUACAUUGCAGUUCACUUAAGCUAUGAAAAAGACAUGCUUGCUUUUACUGGUUGUACUUCUGGUUUGACUGAUGCAGAAUCUGAAGAGCUGAGAAUAAUGAGGGAGAACACAAAAGAUUGGAAGGUUAAAGAUAUAAACCCUACUGAACAGAGAAAAGGUGGCUUUUGUCCACUAACCCCCAAAGAAGUGGGAAUAUUUCUUCGAGCUAUUGGUUAUCCUCCAUCAACACUAAUUUAUGUUGCAUUUGGUGAAAUUUAUGGUGGUGAUGCUCGCCUUUCUGAGCUCAAGUCGUAUUUUCCAAAUCUAGUUUCCAAGGAGAAACUGGCAACAAAGGAAGAGUUGAAUGCAGUUUCUAAGCAUUCAACUCAAACUGCUGCACUAGAUUACAUUGUUUCUUUGGAAAGCGAUGUGUUUGUUCCAUCAUCUUCAGAUAACAUGGCACGAGCUAUUGAGGGGCACCGCAGAUUCUUUGUCCAUCGGAAGACAAUCUCCCCAGACAGGAAAGGACUUGCCAAGCUUUUUGACGAGUUGGAAAGAGGGAAACUAAAAAUAUCCUCAUUCGCUGAACGUGUGCAGCAAAUGCACAAAAACAGGAGAGGAUCUCCAAGAAAAAGAAAAGGUGCUGCACCAGGAAUGAAAGGAGAAGAACGCUUCAAGACUGAAGAAUUCUUCUAUGACAAUCCAUACCAUGAGUGUAUAUGUAGUCCAAAGGGUGUAUAAGAUAGUCGUAACCUGGUUUGGUUUGCCGUCCGAGUUGCCUAAAUGAAAGGAUCCCCAUUUGCAUGAGCAUGGUAUGUUAAACCGAGAUGGAAGGUGCCCCAGAAAUGAGCUCGAGCAAUGGCCGCCUUGCUUCUUUUUUAAUUGACCCCAAGUUCUAAAUACACAAUUAGAGUUGCAUCGCAUGAAGCUGCAGUUAAUAGGUAAUUGAA